AUGCCAUCGGCACUGGACAUAGAUCCAUUCAGCCAGCCGGAAUGGAGCGACUCGAGCGAUUCCACGGAGCCGGGGCCUCUGCCGCAGCUCGGGUACUUCGUGCCCGUGCGGUGCAGGUGCGACCGAGUGACGCACCACGUGUGCCGGAGAAACAGACGAGAAUCUCCCCGAUCGCGUCGCUCCGUGUCGCAGUGCUCGUGCAACAGCGCGUCGCGGCGCUCCUCGGCGGCCGCGUCGCCGACGCCGCUGCCGCCGCUCAACAACACCGUCGAGAUGUACGUCGAGCCGGUCGUCGAGGACGUGAGUAGUAUCGCUUGUUACUUGUUGCUUACCCCACUACUUCUACACGGAGGAAGGUGCAAAACGAGCGGGCGGUUCGUACGACGCCACUACGAACGUGGACAAUGG